AUGGCUGCCGCUGAGGUCCCUAACCCUUCUGAGCACUUCACCCAAAUCAAAGAGCAGAAGUUCAAGCCUGGAGACCUAGAGGAGGAAAAAGAGGAAGGUGGGAUACAAGGGGUGGAAGCCCAGGAGGGUGCUGUCACGGUGGAGGCCGAAAGCAGCUGCCAGUUUCUGGAUGCCGGGCCCCAGAAAGAGCAUUCCGAGCUGCCUCUGUGGGUGCCGGCCGAGAGCGACAGGCGGAUCCUGACCCUGCAGACCUUACGCCUGGUGUCCCAGGAUGUACACCUGCAGGGGCUGGGGUGGCUGAGCGUGCCGCACUCUGAGGAGCUUCCAGUGAUAAUACCGCAGGCCGAAGGCACGCUGCAGUUGCCGUCCCUGCUGUGGCUGGACCAGGAGCCCCAGCUCAGCCUUCAGCACUGCGUAACCGUCAGCAUCCCGGAGGAGCUCUACCCACCGGAGGAGCUGGAGCUGAUGCGUUUUCACCUGCUGCGGGAGAAUGUGCCGGUGGCCGAGGACGACCAAGAGUUAAAGCCAGACUUGGGUGAAAGCCCAGUCCUGAUGAAGUUUGCGGAUGAACAGGACCAACUGUUGCCAGAGGGAGGACCAGAUAAGAAAGGAGAGGAGAGAUUCCUCUUUGUGGAAAUGAAACCAAAAGAUGAAGGGAAAGACGAAAUUGUCGUGACCAUUUCCCACCUAAGCGUGGAAGAACAGCAAGAUCAGCCAGAGACAAAGCAGACAAGUGUGCCAAAAGCCAAUGCCACAAAGCCUCGAAGGAAGACCAAGGGGCCCCCCCGAAUCUUCCAGUGCGACGCCUGCCCUUUCACUUCUUCCAAAUUCUCGAGUUUCACUCGUCACGUAAAAAUCCACAGCAAUGAGAGGCCUCACCUGUGCCACCUGUGUCUGAAGGCUUUCCGCACCGUCACCCUCCUCCGGAACCACGUCAACACCCACACAGGAACCAGGCCCUACAAGUGCUCAGACUGCGACAUGGCAUUUGUCACCAGCGGAGAACUGGCCCGGCACAGGCGUUACAAACACACCCAUGAGAAGCCUUUCAAGUGCUCCGUGUGCAAGUACGCCAGCGUUGAGGCAAGCAAGCUGAAGCGCCACAUUCGCUCCCAUACGGGGGAGCGCCCCUUCCAGUGCUGCCAGUGUGAGUAUGCCAGCAAGGACAGCUACAAGCUGAAGCGCCAUAUGCGGACCCACUCAGGCGAGAAACCUUAUGAGUGCUCCACCUGCCAUGCCCGCUUCACCCAGAGCGGGACCAUGAAGACCCAUAUGGCCCAGAAGCACGGCGAAAACGUGCCCAAAUACAAGUGCCCCCAUUGUGCCACCACCAUCGGGAGGAAGAGCGACCUACGUGUCCAUCUGCAAAACCUGCACAGCCACAGCCCCGAGGAGAUCAAGUGCCGAUACUGUCCCGCUGGCUUCCAUGAGCGCUACGCCCUCAUUCAGCACCAGAGGACCCAUAAGAACGAGAAGAAGUUCAAGUGCAAGCAGUGUGAUUACGCUUGCAAGCAGGAGCGGAGCUUGACAGCGCACAUGCGCACACACACGGGAGAGAAGCCCUUCGCCUGCCUUGUCUGCAACAAGCACUUCCGGCAGAAGCAGCUGCUCACUGUGCACCUGAGGAAGUACCAUGAUCCAAGCUUCAUCCCCGACAUGCACCUGUGCCUCAAGUGUGGCAAAGGCUUUUCCCGCUGGAGUAACCUGCAGAGACACAGGAAGAAGUGUGACCCGGAGCACGAGAAGUUGGCCACCUCCAAAACAGGAAGACCCGUGCAGCGGCCCCAGGCAGUGGAGAGAGGAGCAGGAUGGGACAAUGAUGCUGCUGCCCAGGAAAGCACCAUCUCGAGGGAGGCGCAGUGCCCUGAGGAGCCAGCUCUGGGCCACCGAGACAAAAAUGAAGCCGAGAACGAGAGCCUGGACAAAGGCCUGACCUGCGAGAUGAUCUUUAACAUGAUGGAUAAGUGACUGGCUGCUCUGUGCUGUGCUGCGGCCUCUGGGGGAAGAAGUUAGUCAGAAAUGAGUUCCCAGCCGUAGCCAUCCCGAGUUCCCCGAGUUUGAGAUAGUGUGUAGAAAUGUUUGAAGGAAAAAAAAAAACCUGCAGCUUUUUCCUAAAGCCUAGAGUCAGAGCUUGGAAUGAAGGGCACACCUGAGCCCCGUGGGCUCAUUCUCUGGGCACUGGCAGGGUGGCCCACAAUGAGCCAGGGACAGUUUUUAGGUAAUACUUACUCCCACAGGAGCUCAGAACUAUUAACGCCUUAGCGGUUAGAGCAAGGAGUCUUUUGAGUUGUGUCCACCCUUGACAUUUCUGAUAUUACGAUUUUAAACACUGAAAUGAAUUAUAUCCUUUAUAUAUAUAUAUAUAUAUAUAUAUAUAUAUAUAUAUACCGAUUAAUUUUUCCAUGACAUUUAAAGCGACCGUGAUGCUUUUAAUGAAUUCUAAAUUAAACCCAAGGAUUUUAAUGUUAUGAAAAGUUGGAAUAGUAGAAAACCGAGAAUAGCUCAUUUAACUAGAAAAAAAAAUAAUAUAAUAGAUUUUACUUUGACAUAGAGCAAGGCUCACUUUUAGUUUUUGCUCCUCCUACUUUUGUAGAGCUGUGGGUUGAACCCAGGGCCUGGCACAAGCUGGGCAAAUGCUCCAUCACCAAGCUACACCUCCAGCCCCGACACAACUUUCUUUCUUUUUUUUUUUUAAUAUUAAGUUGUCCAGGGUAGACUUGAACUCAGCCACACUUUGAACUGUCCAUCCCCCUGUCCCAGUCUUCCAAGUAGCCGGAAUGACUAGCCUUUGCCAACAGGCCAGGCUUGUGUUGUCUUUUAAUCAUAUUCUUUGCCAGCUAUGAAACUGCCCUGGUAUUGUCCCUAGCAUUAUUGUUGUUCCUUAGCCAGGUGUGAUGGUUCACACCUGUCUUGACCACAACACAGAAGGCAAAGACAGGAGGAUGGGAAUUCAAGGUCAUCCUCAGCUACAUAUCAAACUCUGGGCCAGCCUGGGCUCCAUGAGACUAUCUCUCAAAAAAAAAACAAAAACAAAAAAAACACAUAUAUUUAUAUGAUUUCUUAGUAUUUAAGUUUGUAAUCCUUUUGUUUUCCUGAAGGUAUUUUAUUUACAUUUUAAAAAAAGAUUGGCUAUGAGAAGAAACCUGAAAGUCUGAUAAUGAAAUGUGUAUUUGUGAAGAAUUCGAGGGCUUGUUUUAUUAAUUCUCAUUAGUUAGGGAGAAUAUCCUUAAACCCUUGUUCCGACCUCCAGUGUCUGGAGCAUCUCUGUGCAGCUGAGGUUAGCCAGGGCCUGUCUACAGGAGCCAGGGUCCCUGUCUUCGCUCAGUGAACCUCUGCUGUGGACCCCUACACCGCCAUGUCUCCAGUCACCCAUAGGCCCCAAGCUAAAAUUCUUAAAAUGUCCAUCUGUUUAAAACAUCCCACGAGUGAGGCCGCUGAGGUGUGGACACAGGAGCAGCCCCCAGCAGAAGGGACACCGUGCUCUCUCCCUGCCAAGAAUGAACUCCAUUUAUAUGUGACAUGUAACAGGAUUUACACCGUGCUCUGUCAUACGCUGUUAUUGUGACUUGAUUUUCAUAUUUUUGACUGUUGGGAAGAAUUUUGUCAUUAUUCAAUAAAAUGAAAUGAUUUUUCUUAAAACGA